AUCAAAUAUCAAAUUAAAGCUAGAAAAAUCAUUUUAGAGAGAGAAAAGUAUCAUGAGCCAAUUAGCCAUGAUGGAUACUACAAUUAAACGUCCAUUGGCAAAUUAUCACAAAAGUGUUUGGGGAGAAUAUUUUCUCUCCUACACUCCUCAACUAACAGAAAUUAGUAGCCAAGAAAAAGAUGAAGUUGAAGAGUUGAAAGAAAAAGUGAGGCAAAUGUUAGUGGAAACUCCUGAUAAUAGUAUACAAAAACUUGUCUUGAUUGAUGCAAUCCAACGAUUGGGAGUGGGAUAUCAUUUCGAAAAUGAAAUCAAAACAUCUAUUCAGAAUAUUUUUGAUGAGUCCGAACAAAAUAAAAAUGAAAAUGAUGACGACGAUCUUUACGUUGUUGCUCUUCGUUUUAGACUAGUCAGACAGCAAAGGCAUUACAUGUCUUCUGAUGUGUUCAAGAAAUUCACUAACCAUGAUGGCAAGUUCAAGGAAACUCUUACUAAAGAUGUGUUAGGAUUAUUAAGUUUAUACGAAGCAGCACAUGUAAGAGUACACCAUGAAGACAUUCUUGAAGAAGCUCUAACUUUUACCACCACUCAUCUCGAGUCCAUGGGCCCUAAAUUGGACAACUCACUCAAGGCCCAAGUUAGUGAAGCCUUGAUCCGGCCCAUUCAUACAAAUGUACCAAGAGUGGCAGCAAGAAAAUACAUGCCUAUAUACGAAAACAUCGAAUCACAUGAUGGUUUGCUUUUGAAAUUUGCAAAAUUGGAUUUCCACAUUUUGCAAAAGGUGCAUCAAAGAGAGCUUAGCGAACUUACAAGGUGGUGGAAAGAUCUCGAUCAUGCAAAUAAAUAUCCAUAUGCAAGAGACAAAUUGGUGGAGUGUUACUAUUGGGCAAUAGGGGUGUAUUUUAGGCCUGAACAAAGACAUGCAAGAAGAACGAUAACAAAAUUAAUCGUUAUCAUCACCAUCACCGAUGAUCUCUAUGAUGCUUAUGCAACUUAUGACGAACUUGUGCCUUUCACCGAAGCAAUUGAGAGAUGUGACAUUAGUGCUUUGGAUUUGAUAUCGCCCUAUAUGAGACCUCUUUAUCAAGUCUUUUUAGAUUAUUUUGAUGAAAUGGAAGAGGAAUUGGCCAAACGUGGUAUAGCAGACUAUGUUAACUAUGCAAAACUUGAGACGAAUAAGUGGACGAAAAGCUAUCUUAAGGAAGCGGAAUGGUUGAGAGAUGGCGUUAUUCCAAAAUGUGAGGACUACAAGAGAAAUGCUACUAUAACAGUUUCCAAUCAGUUGAUUCUGAUAACUUGUUUGAUUGUUGCUGAGGAAUUUAUAUCCAAAGAGACUUUCGAAUGGGUAAUAAAUGAGUCUCUUGUUCUUCCAGCUUCAUCAAUAAUCAACAGAUUGAAGGACGAUAUUAUUGGACAUGAACACGAACAACAAAGAGAACAUGGAGCUUCAUUCAUCGAAUGCUACAUGAAAGAAUAUAGAGCUUCAGAACACGAGGCGUGUGGUGAGGCUUGGAGGCAAAUCGCGAAUGCAUGGAAAGACAUAAACGUGGAGUAUUUACGUGCUACUAAAGUACCAACGUUUGUCCUGGAACCUGCCUUAAAUCUUUCACGCGUCGUAUAUAUUCUCCAAAAAGAUGAUUUUACAGAUUCACAAAGCUUCCUUAAAGACGUAAUCACCAUGAUGUUUGUGGACUCUGUCUAUAGUACAUCAUAAAUGUACAUUUGAAGCAAUUUUUUUUGGGAGGGGGGGUUGCUGCUUUAAUUCUAUUAAUGUUUGCAUGAGUUCUGUAUUUUCACUCAUAUUUCUUCUACUCUAUUUGAAUAGUUGUUAUGUAUUAUUUCCUAAUGUGUCGUAUUGUAUGGUAUUUUGUUGUAUUGUUUUAAUGAUCAAUAAAGUGUUUGAAUAGAUUGUGUCGUUU